AGUAGUUUAGACGUACUUGAAUGCAGCUUACCGCCAGCUUGUUGCUAUGUAACAGGAUGUAAACAACUGAGGUGGCAUUCUGAGGAGGAAAACAGAAUCAAAGUGUUACUUCAAUCACAGAGAAGCAGGAUGAACAGUCCUUGCCUUGAAACCAUGCCUGUUUUGAUGGAUGAAGAGAUGUUGAAUCAGGCAGUUAUGAAACAAGCUAAACAUGAGGUCAAGCUCAUAUUAAAUCAGGAGGGAAUUCACUUUAAUAAAGUUCGAACACUGUGCCUGACAUUCAAAAAAAUCCUGAGGAUUGAUAGCUUGUGGGAGUUCACAUCCUUGAACAGGCUCGAUCUGAGCAACAACAACAUUGAGAAAAUUGAAGGUCUGGACCGCCUGUUAAACCUGACAUGGCUUGAUCUGUCAUUCAACAAGUUAGAAAAAAUUGAAGGUUUGGAGUCUCUGCGGAAGCUUGAAGUCCUGAAUCUGUCCAACAACAGGAUUUCUGUCAUUGAAAACUUGGACAAUGUUGAGGCGCUCGCUCAUUUCUGCAUUGGUAACAACCUCAUUGGACAGCUGGACAAUGUGCUGUACCUCAGGAAGUUUAAACUGUACACUCUCAUCCUGUCUGGAAAUCCUGCCUCCGAGGGAGAUGACUACAAACUUUUUAUUGCUGCCUACUUCCCAACUUUGACAUACCUAGACAACAAAUUACUUGACAAACAAACAAAAACAGAAGCAUCUGUCAAGUACCAUGUUGCACUUGACAAACUGAGACUUGAGGAGCUGCAGAAACAAGCUCAAGAUGUCUACGAAAUAUCAGACAAGGAUGACUUUUUGGUGUUCCUGAAGGGCUCUUAUCUGUCUGAGAGCUUGCACAACUUUGAUCCAAAUGCAAAGACGUUACACUGCGUGCCUGAAAUGGCUGAAGAGAUGGAAGAAUAUCCUUUUCAUCCUUUUUCAUUUGAACAACAGAUGCUGAAGCUGUCCACACAGAUAGUUGAAGUCAGUCUGGCUGAAAGUCAGCAUAUAGAGAAAGAGAUGAAGGAUUUCACCAGUGCUCAGUCAAAGGUUAUGAAAGACCACCAGAAGGAAGCUUUACAAGUCCUAACAGACUUUGAGGAGCAACAUAAACAGAGGAUGGAGGAGCUGCAGCAGAUGUCAGACUUAGACCUAAUGAAGGAAAAGAUCAGCCACUGCAAUGAUGAGAUCCACCGACUCUGUAACAGCUUCAUGGAAAUGGAGAGUCUGCACCUCAGACAGAUGGAGGAUGUCAUCAAAAAGUUGGACGGAAACCUCUCAGAGAUGGUUCAACUCCUCAAUGAAUCUGUUCAUGGAUUAUUCUCUCAGUGUCAAGAUCUUGAGGAUAGUUAUUACGAGAACAUGAAGAAGAUUUCUUUCGACACCCUGGAGAAAGGAGCCAAAGACAUGCUGGAGUACAACAUGCUGGAUGAUGCUGAAAAUCUGCUCACAGACAGAGAUGCAGUGAUCGAUGUAUUAGACACUGCCCACCAGAACCACCUGCAGAGAAUCAGUGAUCGAGAGACCCAGCUGGUUACACGUGUCAGUGCGUGGAAAAAGGCCCACCUUGAUAGGAUUCAAGACGAAGAACUUGACGGGAAUCAAACCCGACUCUCUGACUGCAACAGAUACGCAGAGUUUUUAAGGGAACAGCUUGAGGGGUUUUGGUAGGACCAUCACCAUUUCAACCAGAACAAGUCAUCUGUGCAAGAACAAAUAUUUGAUCCAGCCUGAUUAAAAUAGUCCUGCAGACAAUUUUGGAUGCAAUAUCUUCAUGAUUGUGUUACCAUUAGAGUGUCUUUCUUA